ACUUCGGCGUUUACGAACCCGCAACUCCCAAUCCCCGGUGCUGACCCCUCUUGAUCACGUCACUGAAUACACCUCCAGAGCUUGACAAUUGCUUUCAAAUCAACCUUGAUGUUGAGUCAACAGCGGAACAUAUAUCACUGACCUUCAAUCAUCCAUCUUUCUAGCUCUUGACGCCCGUCUUCUUGAUCCCUUCGUCAUCAAGCACUCUUCCGCUCAACCUUCCAUACGAACCACACAACAAUGUCACCAGCCUUCGCAAUAAUAGCAGGCGUAGGCCCUGGUACUGGUGCCUCGGUGGCUCGUAGGUUCGCCCUCUCGUAUCCAGUUGCUCUACUCGCUCGCAACCCAGACAACUACACCUCCCUCGUGGACGAGAUCAAUAAAUCCGGUGGAAAGGCGAUCGGCAUUUCGACCGAUGUCUCAGACGCUGGUUCGGUGAAGAAAGCGGUAGAGGAAGCGAAAGAAAAGUUUGGAGAUAAAUGUGCGGCUGCGGUGUUCAAUGCCAGUGGCCCAUUCUUCAGAAAGAGUGUGCUCGAGUUGACCGAGCGAGAGUUCGUGGGCAGUUAUGAGGUUUCUUGCAAGGGAGCUUUCCUCUUCUCCCAACAAACACUACCUCUCCUUCUCGCGCAUAGCAAAGACUCCUCCGCAAAGCACCCUGGAACUCUGAUCUUCACGGGCGCCACGGCAAGUGUCAAAUCAAAUGCCUUGAUGUCUUCCUUCUCAACCGGCAAAUACGCCAUGAGAGCGCUGUCACAAUCCAUCGCAAGAGAAUUUGCACCUCAAGGAGUCCAUGUUGCACACGCCAUCAUUGACGGUGUGAUUGAUAUUCCCAGAACGAAGGAAUGGCUGAAGGACAUGCCUCCAGAGGCCAAGAUCGAGGCUGAUGCUAUUGCCGAGGCAUAUUGGAAUCUGCACACCCAGAGCAAGAGGGCAUUUACGAAUGAGAUUGACAUCAGACCAAUGUUGGAGAAGUGGUAAACAUGCUUGAGUAUGAUUAAAUCUAUCCAUUCGCCUUUUGCUGUUCUCCCAGGGGUAUCAUUUGUGAAUGUCAGAAAAAUCA